AAUAUGAAUCUACACAUAUUCGAAUUUUAUGACAUGCUGUCUAUAUAAAUACCAAGCUUGGGGGGUUGAGAUUUGAGAACAAGCAGGGCGUUUGCUUUUGUCAUACAUAAGAUGGAUUCUAAUAUCGUGUUGAGCUCCGUUGGAAUGAUCCUUCUCUUCUUUUCUGUUCACGCCCAAGCUCAAACUCUGCGGACAGGCUUCUACUCUUCAUCUUGUCCCAGAGCCGAGGCCACAGUGAGAUCCACCGUUGAGAAGUACUUCAACAAAGACUCCACCAUAGCGCCUGGUCUUCUGAGGCUUCAUUUCCACGACUGUUUCGUUCAGGGCUGUGACGGAUCAGUCCUCAUCUCCGGAGCCUCUGCAGAGAGGAGCGCGUUACAAAAUCUUGGCCUAAGAGGAUUCGAAGUCAUAGACGACGCAAAAUCUCAGUUAGAAACUCUAUGCCCAGGGGUUGUUUCCUGUGCUGAUAUCCUCGCGUUGGCUGCUCGUGAUUCUGUGGACCUAACCGGAGGUCCGAGCUGGUCUGUGCCGCUCGGGAGGCGAGAUGGCAUGACUUCGUCAGCGUCGGAGGCUACGAGUUUACCAUCGCCUGCUGACUCUGUUGCUGUUCAGAGGCAGAAGUUUGCUGAUAAAGGGUUAAAUGAUCAUGAUCUUGUCACACUAGUUGGGGCCCACACAAUUGGCCAAACCGACUGCUUGUUCUUCCGAUAUCGUCUCUACAACUUCACAGCCACCGGCAAUGCAGACCCGACGAUCGACCCCUCCUUCCUGACCCAACUGCAAUCCCUCUGCCCUCCUGAUGGUGACCCCUCGAAGCGCGCCGCCCUCGACGCCGGCAGCUCUACGCAGUUCGACGUCAGCUACUUCAGCGUGCUGGAGUCUGACCAGAGGCUGUGGGGGGAUUCUACGACGCAGGCUGUUGUUCAGAGCUACGCUGGGAGCAUAAGGGGGUUGCUCGGGUUGAGAUUCGAUUUCGAGUUUCCGAAGUCGAUGGUGAAGAUGAGCAGUGUUGGCGUGAAGACUGGGAGCCAAGGGGAGGUCAGAAAGACAUGCUCCAGGUUUAACUAAUUGAUCAGUAUGUUGUUGUAAAGGCUAAGAAGAAGACGGGACUCUGGUUUUGGUUCGCGCGCUCGUGUUGUUUAUGCAUGUAAACGUAUUUGCUAAUAGAAUAAAUGUUUAAGCUUAACGAACAACUGGGCAUUUGGUCUAGUGGUAUGAUUCUCGCUUAGGGUGCGAGAGGUCCCGAGUUCAAUUCUCGGAAUGCCCCUAUUUUUUAAUCUUUUUUUUCCUGGGUC